UGUGUGCAGGGAGUUUGCCAAGGCAGCGUAGGACUGGGAUCAGCAUGGAAUUGACAAAGCUCUUCAUUUUACUGCUGGUCACUUAUCAAGGUGACUGUGUUCUGAGAGCAGUCAAUAGCUAUAUUUCUGGCUUUGAAAGACAAUCAGUCAGUGUCAGGUGCUCCUAUGACAAAGGAUAUGCAGACUAUGUUAAAUACUGGUGCCAAGGAGAAGACUGGGAAAAUUGUGAAACAGUGCAAAGUAGUGAUUCCCAAAGCCAAGGCAAUAAAAUUGUUAUUAAUGACUAUCGCUUUUUUGGAGAGUUCACAGUGACAAUUAACAAUCUGGAGAAAUCUGAUGCGGGCACCUACUGGUGUGCAAUACAAAGAACGGGAUAUGAUUAUAACGCUCGUGUACGGCUUGAAGUUAAAGAAGGUGUCUCCACUCUGUCAGUGAGCAGUAGCUCCAUCUCAGGUUUUGAAGGACAAGCAGCCAGCAGGAAAUGUUCCUAUAAUAUGGGAUACUCAACCUUUGUUAAGUAUUUCUGCAGAGGAGACGGGAGUUGGAAUUGUGAAAUAAUGCGCAAAACCAGCCAGCUUCCAAAAAAUGGAGAUACAUUUUUUAUCACUGAUGAUAAAACCAGUGGAGUUUUCACAAUGACUAUCAAUAGACUGGAAAAAUCAGAUGUGGGCUCAUACUGGUGUGGCAUCGAAAAGCUGGGCCACAACAAUCGGUACGCUGUGGUGAGACUUAAUGUUAUCGAAGGUGUCUCCACUCUGUCAGUAAGCAGUAGGCACAUCUCAGGUUUAGAAGGACAAGCGACCAGCAUGCAAUGUUCCUAUAAUUUGGGAUAUUCAAACUUUGUUAAGUACUGGUGCAGAGGAGACAAGUGGAGGAAUUGUGUAACACUGUGUAAAACCAGCGAGACUCAAUGCAAUGGAGAUAAAUUUUUUAUCAGAGACGAUAAAACCCAUGGAGAGUUUACAAUGACUAUCAAUAGAUUGGAGAAAUCAGACGUGGGCUCAUACCGGUGUGGCAUCGAAAAGCUGGGCCACAAUGAUGAUCAGGUUGUGACACUUAAUGUUAUAGAAGGUGUUUCCACCUUGAAAGUGAGCAAUGGCCGCAUCUCUGGUUUUGAAGGAUUGGUGACCAGUGUGCAAUGCUCCUAUAAUUUGGGAUAUUCAAACUUUGUUAAGUACUGGUGCCGAGGAGAGAAGCUGAGUAAUUGUAUAAUACUGCGAAAAACAAGUGAGACUCAAAAUAAGGGAGAUAAAUAUUUUAUUAGAGAUGAUAAAACUCGUGGAGAUUUCACAAUGACAAUCAAUCAGCUGGAGAGAUCAGACACGGGCUCCUACUGGUGUGGUAUCGAAAAACUGGACCACAGCAAAAGUAAUGCGGUGGUGAGACUCACUGUUGUUGAAGGUGUUUCCACCUUGUCAGUGAAAAAUGGCCGCGUCUCUGGUUUUGAAGGACUGGCAACCAGUAUGCAAUGCUCUUAUAAUUUGAGAUACUCAAACUUUGUUAAGUACUGGUGCCGAGGAGACAAGCCGAGUAAUUGUAUAACACUGCGUAAAACAAAUGAGAUUCAAAAAACUACAGAUAAAUUUUUUAUCAGAGAUGAUGAAAGACAUGGUGAGCUCACAAUGACCAUCAAUAGACUGGAGAGAUCAGACGCAGGAUCCUACUGGUGUGGUAUCGAAAAGUUGGACAACAACAAGAGUAGUGCGGUGGUGAAACUUACUGUUGUUGAAGGUGUCUCCACGCUGUCAGUAAGUACAAACAACAUCUCAGGCUUUGAAGGCCAAGCAGCCAGUGUGCAGUGCUUCUACCAUUUAGGAUACUCAACCUUUGCUAAGUACUGGUGCCGAGGAGACAAGUCUCGUAAUUGUGACAUACUGAGCAAUACCAGCAAGCCUCAAACAAGAGAAGAUAAAAUUGUUAUCAGUGACAAUCAAAACCGCGGAGUGUUUACGGUGACCAUCAAUAGACUGGAGAGAUCAGACUCAGGAUCAUACUGGUGCGGAAUUGAAAACCUGGGCCGCAAUGUAAAUGCAGUGGUGACGCUUACUGUUUCACAAGUAAGUGCCACACCCUCAGUUUUGAAAGAAGAACUUUAUGCCCUGGGAAAUGUGCUUUGGCAUACUGAACUUUUUGUACUUCUUCCAAGCUUGACUAAUGAGAGUGUGUCAGUAUAUGGCACAGAUUCUGGAAUUGGCCAUUACUAG